UUACGGUACUCAUGAAAACUAUGAUCACAACGUAGUGUGAGUUUGGUUGAUUUUCUAGAUCGGCUAUAACCUCAAAGUUUUGGCACUAUGAAUAAUACACCCGCGCAACAUAGUAAUUGAGAGUUAAACUUAUAAACAAAAGAUAACUUUUUAGAUACUCAUAAACCCUCGUUUUUUAUUUCUUAAUUGUUGUGGUUGAAUUAGUAAUAAUGAAAAUAUUAUUACGAUCGGGUAUCGCGAGAGCUUUCGGAGUCAGAAACUUAAGCUCUAAACCAAAAUUUGGUUUAUUAUUUGACAUUGAUGGAGUUAUAGUGCGUGGUAAAAAUGUUUUACCACCAGUUGCAGAAUCCUUUAAAAAACUUAGAGGAGAGGAUGGCAAAUUUCGUGUUCCUACUGUCUUUGUUACAAACAGUGGAAAUGCUUUACGUAGUCAAAAAGCAGCUGAUUUAUCCAAAUGGAUUGGAUUUGAAAUAUCAGAGUCACAAGUUAUCUUAGCUCAUUCUCCAUUGCAAAUGCUUCAUGACCUUCAUGAUAAGCAAGUUCUUAUAUCAGGACAAGGUCCAGUCAGAGAAAUAGCCAAAGAGUUGGGUUUUAAGAGAACUAUGACAAUCGAAGAACUCGUGAAAAACUUUCCAAGUUUGGAUUAUGUCAAUAUGUUAAAGAGAAAUCCACAGUGCGGACCAGUAGAUCCAAAUUUUCCAAGAAUAGAAGGUAUCCUGUUAUUCAGUGAACCGGUAUCUUGGGAAACUCCAUUGCAAUUAAUAGUGGAUCUUUUAAUGACCAAUGGAAUGCCAAGUAAAUUGCCCAGUGAGAUUCCAUAUCCACACAUUCCAGUUUUGGCAUGUAAUAUGGAUUUAUUAUGGGUAUCAGAAGCACCAAUUCCUAGGUACGGCCAUGGUGCCUUUCUAUUGUGUCUCGAACAAUUGUACAAAAAAGUAACAGGAAAAGACUUAUUGUAUACUGCUCUAGUUGGAAAACCUAAUGAAAUUACAUAUUAUCACGCAAGCCAUAUGUUGAUAGAACAUGCUAAAACCAUUGGAAUAGAACAUAAUGUUGAUACUAUUUAUGCCAUUGGAGAUAACAUUAAUACAGAUAUUUUUGGUGCAAAUCUUUAUGAUAAGUAUUUAUCUCAUUAUGAAGCUGGUGAAGGUACUAAAUCUCGUAGCUUAGAAAAAUUGUUAGGGAAAAACAUGAAAGGACCUAGUGCAAAAGCAUGUAUCAGCAUUUUAGUUGAAACUGGUGUACAUCAACGAAAUUCACAAUUUAUAACCGAACAUAGUCCUAGAGAUUUUUUACCUGUAGAGGAUGGCUUAUGUAAACCAGCUUUCAUUGUUGAUCACGUUGGUGAUGCAAUUGAUCUUGUAUUUAAAGAGGAAAAAUUUGAUUGAAGUAAUUUGUUCCAUUAUCUCUAAUCUUCCAAUUAAAGAUUUGGUGAUAUUAAAUUGAUACAAAAGCUAAUGUAUUGAUGAUAUAAUUGAUGCAUUAGUUAAUAAUUAGAUAAUAUAAGCCUUUUUCAAAGGCAAUGUUCCAAAGCAAUAUAAAUUUGAUAAGAGAAAAAGGCUAAGGGUACAUAAACUCAAUAAUUACUAUGAUUUCUUAAGUAUAUUUUAAUAUUUUUUAACUAUUGUACCCUUUUUAUUCUAAUCAUGCAAAAAGAAAAAAGAUAAUGAUUAUUUUAAUUGAGUGAAAUUAUUAUCAAUAUAUUUAAGAUAUUCAUUAUAUCACAAGAUCUAUAAUUCCACUUCAUAAAGUAUAUACAAAGGUACUAAAUAAAUAAACAUUAGAACCACUACAUUUCCUAGAUAAAGAAUUGCAAAUUCUAUUGAUUUAUAUAAUUCAUAAGUAUAGUAGGAAAGCACUUCAUGACUAGCAUAUAAGUCUAAGAAUAUAUGAUCUGUACAAAAAUAUGUUUUGCGCACACUCAAUUAAGUUACAGUUACUGAAUUGCAGUUUUCUAAUUAUAGAUUUAAUUUACGCUCAUUAUAUGCCAAAUGCUCAUCAAUCUUUCAAUAAUCAGAGUUGUUAUAAUUAUGUAUAAAAUUAAUUCAGGUAUCAUUGAGUACAAGCUUUAUCGAUAUGAAAUUAUGCAAGUUAUGUAGCUAUAUGUAGUGCAUCAUUAAUAGGUAAAAAGAAGAAGUUGGACUUCACAAUCAUAUAAACUGUAGUAUAUAUUGCUAAAAUAGCAUCAUGCAUUAAACCAAUCUAGUCUUACUGAACAGCUUUUAUGUUGUUUUUAACAUUAUUGUAAAAUAAUGGGCAUUCUAGUAUUCAUAAUUUCUAUGAAAUACAGAUUUUAAUAUACGUUA